GACCAUGACUUCAGCAUGCGGCCAGGCUUUGGAGGCCCUUCAAUUCCUGUUGGAGUUGAUGUACAAGUUGAAAGUCUUGACAGCAUUUCAGAGGUUGAUAUGGAUUUCACCAUGACGCUUUACCUGAGACACUACUGGAAAGAUGAAAGAUUGUCAUUUCCAAGUACCAAUAACCAAAGUAUGACCUUUGAUGGCAGACUUGUGAAAAAGAUCUGGGUGCCUGACAUGUUCUUUGUCCAUUCAAAGCGUUCCUUUAUCCAUGACACAACAACAGAUAAUGUCAUGCUUCGAGUACAACCAGAUGGGCAAGUACUUUACAGCUUGAGGGUCACUGUAACAGCAAUGUGUAACAUGGAUUUCAGUCGUUUUCCCCUUGACACGCAGACAUGUUCUCUGGAAAUUGAAAGCUAUGCUUAUACUGAAGAUGAUCUCAUGCUAUACUGGAAGAAUGGGAACGAAUCCUUGAAAACAGAUGAUAGAAUAUCAUUAUCUCAGUUCCUUAUACAAGAGUUCCACACCACCACCAAACUUGCUUUUUAUAGCAGCACAGGUUGGUACAACCGUCUCUUCAUCAACUUCACAUUAAGACGACAUAUCUUCUUCUUCUUGCUUCAGACCUAUUUCCCUGCCACUCUGAUGGUCAUGUUGUCUUGGGUUUCUUUCUGGAUAGACCGCCGUGCUGUGCCUGCAAGAGUUCCCUUAGGUAUCACGACAGUACUGACCAUGUCUACCAUCAUCACUGGUGUCAAUGCCUCCAUGCCUCGAGUUUCCUACAUCAAAGCUGUGGACAUUUACCUCUGGGUCAGUUUUGUGUUUGUCUUCCUCUCAGUAUUAGAGUAUGCUGCAGUGAAUUACCUGACCACAGUGCAAGAAAGAAAAGAAAGGAAGCAAUGCGAGAAGUUUUCUGGUGCUUCUGCAAUCCCACAGCCAAAGCAAAUGACAGGGAUGGAAGGCAGCUACAGUGAUGGAGAAGUAAAUGAAUUAGGGCAAUAUGUGUCUGAAAAUGGAGGCAAAGAAGACAGAAUGAUGGUCCAGUUGGGUCUUGGAUCAGAAGGAAAUUCAAAUAGGAGGAAAAUCCAGAGAUAUAGCAGCAUGAGAAUUGACACUCAUGCCAUUGACAAGUAUUCCAGAAUAAUAUUUCCAGGAUCAUACAUUUUAUUUAAUUUGAUAUACUGGUCCAUUUUUUCAUAGUUAUUUUUUCUGUAGCUAUUUUUUAUGUGCUUGCAACAAUAUCAUGCAUCAAUUAUCAAGUAAAUUUGAAAGUGGAAACUGAAUGUUCUUCGUUCUUCCUGAUAAAGUUUGGUACUUAAUAUGAAUAUCACUUAAAUAGCUCUCCUGUUCAUUUUCUUGUGAUUUCAAUGGGAAAUAGCAAAGAGAAGAGAAAAGCCUACCUUUUGCAAAGGGGAUUCUUUGAACAGGGUUUGCAUUUUAAAAGACUUGUACUAAAUUACUAAAGGACAAAAGAAGGCAAGAAGAUACUUUAAAGUUCUCCUCUGAAACUUCUGAUUAUGGAAUUUUUAUUUCAGCUACAGAAAUGGACUAUAUUGUAAUUUUUUUUUCAGUUGUAAAUAUAUUAUGUGCCAUUAAGUCAUUAUUGAUUCUUAACCACCAUAUAGGUACCAGGACGAUCUAUCUCCAAUCUGGCCCAUCAGAUCUUCAAAUAAUGUACCCAUUGCCAGUUUGAGUCUAUUCACUUUGCUGCUGAUUGUCCUCUUUUUCUCUGUCUUCUUACAUUUCCCAAAAUUAUUAACCUUAAAAUGUGAGCUUGGUGAUUUUUUGUUUUCAAUAGGAAGUUUGCACUGAUUUGUUCUAUGAUCAAUUUGUUUUCUGGCUACUCACCGUAUUCUCAGAAGUCGUCUCCAACACCAAAGUUCAAAAGCAUCGAUAUUAUUAUUUUUUAAAUCAUAAAUUAAAAAACUCUUUGUAGAUAAAUUACAAAUGUAGAUACUCUACAGCUACUCUACAAGAUUUAAUAAUCUUAAAAGAAGUGUAGAUGUUAAGCUUGUAUUUAUUUUGCCUAGAAUUUUCUGCCUUAGUAAAGAAAAUAUUUUUUGAUACCUAAAAGUAUUAUGGCAUGUUAGAAAAACAUUUUAUGAAGGCCAUUUAAUGAAUUACCAAUACUGCUGGUGCCUAAAUUGAAUGAGGUUUUUUUUUUGUUUAAAUCAACGAAUCUGACAUUUUAAAGGAGACAGAGAUAUAUAUAAAAAAAUGGCAUCAGCUUUGUGGAUUACUCUGAUGCAUCUUAUGGGAUUAUUGUAAGCAGUAUCACAGAUGACAUGUUCUACUUAAUUGAAUCCUUUUUUUUUACUACAAUGCCCUAUGGCAAGGGUGAUGAACCUGUGACCAUAUAAAUGCUGAACUACAUUUCCCAACUUCCUCGAGGACUGGGAUUGUUGGGAUCCACUGGCACAUGGAAUGUCAUAAUUCCCUAUUUCUGAUUCCCAGAAAUUUGUCAGCUUAACUAUAGGUCAUGAAUAUUUAAAACUCUGUAAUAGAGUUAUAUAUUCUGAUUCCAGCAGAAGGGUUCCUUCUAUGAAUAUGAGGUUUUUGAACAACAAUGGAGGAAACAGCGAUAGGGUGGCAGAGAUCAUUGUUGCACCGAACAACAUUUUUCCAACUAAAGAAGCAGCUGUUUAAUCUCCAAGCUUUCCAUUGGAUAUAUCACAUGACCUUAAAUAUAAAGAAAUAUUGUUUACAUGUUAAUUAAAAAUUAAGGUGAUGAAUUGAAUUUUAUGUAAGCAUUAAAACAGAAGCUAGUAUUUUCUUCUAACCAACUUUCAAAUAAAUAAAGGUUUUUAUUCAGAUAUCACAAUCCUUAUGUUUCAAAUCCAGGUGGGUUUUGAAACAUUAAAAAACACUUUUGUUUUUGGUGUUUUUUUUUCUUUUUUGCUGGAAGACCUGUUAAAAGUUUAAGAAAGAGCAAUAAGGUAAUUAACACUUUGGAAGCGCUAGAGCCAAGCAGGUGAAUGGCUCCCAAUUUAGACUUAAAUUUCACCUGUAGAAAUGGCAGAAACAUCAUAAGGACAUGAACAUACGCAAAAUGUCUAUACAUGUCUGCAUAGACAUUUAAUAAAAUAGAUCCAGAAGAUUUAACUUUCCGUUCAAGCUUUUAAGAUUUCUAUAUUAGAUGCAAUCCUGUAAGAAUCUUCAACCCUUCAGUGAUAAGUAACGAAUAAUGAAACCUAGCAGAUUUAUGCAAAAUUAUUAAUUGAAAAUAUAAUGUUGUUGGCAUAGAAUUUUAAUUAUCUAAAUGCAAAAUUUCUAUUUGUUUAAUUUCCAUAACACUGACUUGUACACAUGGACCUGGCAGGUAAGUUUUAAAAAAACCAAAAAUAUUUGUAUAAAGAUCAGAAUUUACUCUCUCACAUUUCUUUUUCUACUAAGAGCUUUGCUUGUCUGAAACUUAGUUCCUAUAAGCUUGGUACAAAAAUUAUAUUUAUUGCAGUCAUUGCCAUAAUGUUUUAGUUGUCUCCAAAGGAUAUCUAUAUACUUCUGACACUGAAGAUAAAUCAAAAUAUAAACUAAAUAUACCAACAGAAGAGAAUAUUUUAGCUCAGGGUUGAAUUGUGGAAUCUGUAUUACCAUUUUCUUGCAGAUGUUUCAUUACCCAAUGAAGAGUGAAAAUGUAUAGUUUUGCACUUUAAUGUCUUUCAUUAGCCUUUCAGACAAACAGAAAUAUGAUGCUCAAAUGAAACUGAAUUAACACGACUUAUCAGCAGGCUGAAUGAAUGUAUGGUUCAAAGCAACUGAACCAAUAUUAAAUAGGAAUUAAUUUCAGGAAUACCAUAGAAAACAUUCCCCAAAUCAGUGGAACUGCUUUAUUUUAAAAACAAAGCAAAUGGAUUCAAAUUGCCUGGGCUGUUUAAACCCAUGGGAAACAAAGUCCAACAUCUGGAAUAAGAAACAUUAUUUUCCUGAUUUAGUAGCAAGACCUGUUUAUAUUAACGUCAAUGAAAUUGUAUUUUUCUGAGCAAUAGAUUUAUUGGAUGUUACCUGAAGUCAUUGACACCUAUACAUUGUAGGAAAAAAAACAAUUCAAGUCUUUAAUAAAGAAAUAAUUUUUUAAAAAGCAUCUCAAGGGAUUGUAAAAAAAAUUCCUAGUACACAUGCUUUCUUAUCUCCAGCAAAUAAGUGAAUUAUGAGUCAUCAAGUAAUUUUUAAUUCCUAGAAACCAUAUAGAUUUUUAUGCAUAAUUUUUAUUGAAAAAAAUUAUACAGAUAAAAGAUAUACAUGAAAAUAUAUAUAUAAAAGUUAAAAAGUGGAAAAAAAACAAUAAAGAAAAAAAACUAAAGAGGCAACUUCUGAGUAGCAGUUACAAAUAAAGUUAUUAUCCCUCUUCUAUUUUUUUGGUCAUCUUCUUCUCUUUCCCCCCACUUUUUUAGCAUUAGAGUCUUCUCCACAGAGUUAGGUCUUCACGUAAUAGGAACCAAGUAUACCAAUUUGAGCUUGAAUCAUAGAAAAAGUAUUUUAUUUCAGCACAAAAAUGUUUUGUUUAGAGCAUUCCAAAGAAUUCAGAAUUGCCCUGCCAAUGGCAGACUAAUAAGUCAGAGGGAAUGAUGCUUGUCCAUCUUCAUAUAUUUGUGAAUUUUCUCUUUCUCUUACACACAUAUAGAAUAACCAUAAGAGGAAUAACUGCUAUAAAUGUUUCCCAGGUUUGGGGAUGUGGUGAAAAAUGGUGGGCUUAGGUGCCUUUAUAUGCAAAAUUCAUUUCCAGAUAUUGCCUAUCUCAUCUCUUAUAUUUAACAUACGGAGCAGCUUGUCCUCAGACACAGAGAGACAUUUCAUUUUCUGUGUUCAGAAUUCUUUCUUACCUUGGCGAAAGAGAACAGACUACACUAUAUGGCCUAUGUCUGGUUAUCUGGCAUAAUAAAUUACACUAUUGAACAUGUUUGCUUUCUUUAUUGAAAGAAUGAGUAGGAUUCCCAUGAUUUUCACACUUUAACAAUCAAAAGUCUGUCUUACCAAUGAAGCAGCAUAUACAGCUUUGUUAGGAAACUCCAUACUAAUGCUCUCUAUUUUCAAAGCUUUUUUUUCUGAAGCACAUUGUAAAAAUCUGGAUAGCUGCUGUAGAACUCUACUUAAAAAAUUACAAUAGAACCACACACAGUGAUAAAAUGUCUCAGAAUCAAAACGUACAUUCUAAAUUAAACUAGAAUUAAAGAGUUUUGCAAAUCAUUUUUAAUCAGAUUUUUUUUAUUGAGACAGAUCCCUUUGGUCACACAACUAGACGACCAUGAUUAAGAUUAAUUUAUCUGACCAAAAUACUCAAUUUCCAAGUACCACAAAGGAACCUUUCUGAAGCUACAAAAAUAUGUAACCCGAAUAGUGGAUUAAUCAUGUCUAGAGUAGAAAGACCUGUGUAGUGUUGUGGUUAAGAUGCUGGAUUAAGAGCAAAAGGUCCAAGGUUAUUUAGCUUAUCAUUCUUUCUCAGCCAACCUCCCUCUAAGAAUGUUCUGGGCGGAAAUAGGACAGAGCAUUACAUACACUGACUUCAGCUCUCGGAUAAAAAGAGGAUAUAAUCAAAUAAA